GCGAGAAUCAUUUUAUCAUCUGCCAAAUCUGCAAUAUAGCUUAUCUUUUCAACCAAUAGUUUAACUGUCUAUGUUGGUGGAUCCUGCCUGUAUCCCAUCAUCUGAGAGGACCAUGACGACCUCCACCGCUUUCACAGAUCUAACCACUUCCCUGCCCUUUCCGCUCCCUCGCAUCAAAGGACCCAAGCUCGAGCCUUUUCGUGGCACUGCAGAUGUCGAACUCGAAUUCAUACGUUACAUCGGAAAUGAAGACGAUUUGGAUUCCAAGGUGUGGAAAGUGAAAGUUGACGACAAGUACUAUGCCCUGAAAGUAUUUCCAUUUCAGUAUUGGGUCGGUCUCAAGAAGACUUCUGGCAGGUGGAUCAUAGCACCAGAAUAUGAUGACGAGGGACGGCCACCACUCACACCGCAAGAUUACCUUGACUAUCUGGACCCGUUUCACAAUGAAUGCCGGGUGUACGGACGCCUCAAGCAAGAAAACCACGAAGACAUCGCCGUUCGUGCCCAUGGCUACGUCCUUCUCACCCCAGAGCAGGAAAAGUUUGUUACCGAAGCCUGCGGCCCGGAAUACAUAGAUCCCAAGACUGCAGAAGAGUUGGAUGGCCAGGCCCUGUGGUUUCGACGGGAAUCGAACCGGCACGACCGCCUGCGGGCAAUCCUCAAGGACUUUGUCCCAGAGGAGACGCCAGAUUUUGACAAGUCGCAGAUAAGCCAGAUGUAUGAGGACAUGGAGACUCUGCACUCACUUGGUAUUCUCAUUCGAGAUAUCAACCCGAAAAACUAUCUUGGAGGCAAGCUCAUCGACUUCAGCCGUUCCUGGACUAUGUACCACCCCUGUCUUGAUCGAACGUCAUGGAAGGGACUUUGCAAGCUGAGAAUAGCCGAGGUCCGGUCGUUCGUAGAUAUGGUAUUUAAUUGGGCCGUCCAUCACGAGACCAAAAUAACAGUCCCGGAGAAGCUGUUGGAAUGGGGUGGCGACCUAGAAGGAUGCGGAAUCAACCCUUAUGACUAUGAUUGGAGAAAGUGGGAGGAAGAGGAGGAGGAGGAGGCCAUCUGCGAUGAACACAACGAGAGGCCUUCUUAGCAAGACGAAGGAGAAAGAGGGAUUCCUGAGGUCACAUGAUUACAAUUCAUGAUUCCGAAUUCCACCUAGAGUACAAGCGGACUCGAACUUUUCAGCCAUGGCCAGUGUGGUU